GGCCGGCCGCGAGGCGGCGGUAAGAUGGCGGCGGCGGCGGAGAGCGGGGGCGGCCCGUCAGCGCCGGCGGCGGGGGAGGAGGAGCCGCCUCUGGGACUCGAUUCGCUGGUGGAGGAAGCGGCGGCGACCGCGGCGGCCAGCGCGGGGUUCCGAUUGACGGCGGUGAGGAGAGAACCGGCGGUGCGGCUGCAGCACGGGGUCAGCGGGUUGGAGCCGCUGGCCUGGUCGGAGGAUCACCGGGUGUCGGUGAGCACCGCCCGCAGCAUCGCCGUGCUGGAGCAGCUCAGCGACGUGCACGGCGGCGGGCAGGAGAUGGUCAUCCAUCGCACGGCCGUGCCCGCGCCCGGCGCCGCCUGCCUGCUGAAGGUUGGCCCAAAAAAGGAGGUAGCGGAAUGCAAAGAAAAGUUUGCCAAUUCCAUGGAUCCAACUGUUAGUCAGACUUUUAUGCUGGAUCGCGUGUUCAAUCCAGAGGGAAAGUCGCUGCCGCCGAUGCGAGGAUUCAAGUAUUCCAGCUGGUCACCACUGGGCUGCGAUGCCAACGGAAGGUGCCUGCUUGCAGCUUUAACCAUGGACAAUCGAUUGACCAUCCACGCAAACCUCAACAGGCUGCAGUGGGUGCAGCUGGUGGACCUGACGGAAAUCUAUGGGGAACGUUUGUAUGAAGCCAAUUACAGACUGACGAAGGCUGACACUCCCAGGGGAGAAUUAGAAGACUUCUCUGAAUUUCAGCGGCGGCACAGCAUGCAGACCCCAGUACGCAUGGAGUGGUCGGGUAUCUGUACCACUCAGCAGGUUAAACACAACAACGAAUGUCGGGAUGUUGGCAGCGUGCUCUUAGCAGUGCUCUUUGAAAACAGUAACAUUGCGGUUUGGCAAUUUCAGCUUCCGUUUCUGGGUAAGGAAUCAAUUACUUCUUGCAAUACCAUAGAGUCCGGAAUAAGUUCUCCGAGUGUCCUGUCUUGGUGGGAAUAUGAACAUAACAACCGAAAGAUGAGUGGACUUAUUGUAGGCAGUGCUUUUGGACCAGUUAAAAUCCUUCCCGUCAAUCUGAAAGCAGUCAAAGGCUACUUUACGCUCAGGCAGCCCGUAGUCUUAUGGCAAGAAAUGGACCAGUUGCCAGUGCAUAGUAUCAAAUGUAUUCCUCUUUACCAUCCCUACCAGAAAUGUAGUUGUAGCUUAGUGGUGGCUGCAAGAGGAGCUUACGUGUUUUGGUGUCUUCUGUUGAUAUCCAAGGCAGGUCUGAAUGUCCAUAAUUCCCACGUGACAGGGCUACAUUCUUUGCCAAUUGUAUCUAUGACGGCGGACAAACAGAACGGCACAGUGUAUACGUGCUCCAACGAUGGAAAGGUAAGGCAGCUGAUUCCUAUCUUUACAGAUGUUGCUUUAAAGUUUGAGCACCAGCUGAUUAAGCUCUCAGAAGUGUUUGGCUCUGUGAGGACUCACGGAAUAGCUGUUAGCCCCUGCGGUGCAUACUUAGCAGUUAUUACAACCGAGGGCAUGACUAACGGCCUUCACCCUGUUAACAAAAACUACCAAGUUCAGUUUGUUACCCUUAAGACUUUUGAGGAGGCAGCUGCACAGCUCUUGGAAUCUUCUGUACAGAACCUUUUCCGGCAAGUGGACUUGACAGAUCUUGUACGCUGGAAAAUCUUGAAGGAUAAGCAUAUUCCUCAAUUUUUACAGGAAGCACUGGAUAAAAAGAUUGAGAGCUGUGGUUCUACUUAUUUCUGGCGGUUUAAGCUGUUUCUCCUGAGGAUUUUAUACCAGUCAAUGCAGAAAGCUCCCUCAGAGGUGAUGUGGAAACCUUCCCACGAGGAUGCAAAAAUACUGAUAUCUGAUUCCCCUGGAAUGGGCAGCACUGAAGACGAUCAAGAGGAAGGAACUUCUAAACAAGCCAGCAAGCAGAGCCUAUGUGACACAGGCAAAGGUAUGGACAUAGAUGACACUGCAGAUGAUUCUCUUCCUCAGUCGAGUGACAUAGGAGGCCGUGAGCCAAUGGAAGAAAAGCUUCUUGAAAUACAGGCACAAAUUGAGGCAGUAGAAAUGCACUUGACACGAGAACACAUGAAACGGGUGUUGGGAGAAGUUUAUCUACACACAUGGAUUACAGAAAACACCAGUAUUCCCACCAGAGGAGUCUGUGAUUUCUUAAUGUCCGAUGAUGGAUAUGAUGACAGAACAGCACGAGUGCUGAUUGGGCAUAUCUUAAAGAAAAUGAACAAACAGACUUUUCCAGAGCACUGCAGCUUGUGUAAGGAGAUCCUGCCAUUCACUGAUCGCAAACAGGCAGUCUGCUCCAAUGGACAUAUUUGGCUCAGGUGCUUUCUAACCUACCAGUCCUGUCAGAGUUUGGUGUACAGGAGGUGUUUGCUUCACGACAGCAUUGCACGGCAUCCAACCCCAGAAGAUCCUGAGUGGAUCAAGAGGUUAUUGCAAGGGCCCUGCACGUUCUGCGACUCUCCUGUGUUCUAGACAAGAGCUGUGUAAAGACUGAAACUAUUUUCUCUACUGCAUAAGCUCCCUUCACAGUCUAGAAUGAUAUCAAGUGCAGGAAUACAAACUUUACUGGAGGGGGAGGACUCUGUCUGACCCUGUAAAUAGAACGCUGGAUGUUCUAGAAACCCCCUGUGUCCAGAGGCCAUUCCAUGCUCCAGCAGCAGAAGUACAUCUGGAAGAGUGAGCUCAUUAAGCACCCCAUUGAUGUGUCAGCAGCUGGACAUGCUUCCUUUCACCGAAAAGAAACUGAAGUCUUAAGCACACAGAGUGAACUGUCCUCUCUGCAGGACAACUGUGUGAUUUCCCAAAAGCUGGGAGGGAACAGCAGAGCUGCCUCUUGAAUAGCCUUGGUGGGUAGAGCAGGCUUUAACUUGUAGUGCUUGUUUGCCUUUCCCCCCACAAUACGGGCACUUCCUGCAGAAUAUUAAACGAACAAAACAUUUUGUGGUUCUAAUUUCUUGAAGAGCAAAGCCAGGGUCAGUUGCAGCCAUAGGAAAGAAAUGGGCCGACACAUUAGUUUCACCCAAAGUCUUGAAGAAUGACUGCCUUUGAGCUGUCGUAACAGUGUUGCAGUUAGAAGAGUAAACUAUUGCUUGGAUCAAAUACAGAUCAGUAAGAAGACUUUUUAAGGUAAUAGAUUUUAAACUAUUAGCAAUUAAACACUAAUAUAUAUAACAUUCCCAAUCUCAGGUCUCCUGCCCAACUUUCUAAAAGAAGUUCUGACUGCUUCCCAAUGCAUGUACUUCUCACUCCAUUUAACCCUUUACCAACAAGAAUCCUCUUUUCCAGAGCAAGUCAGUACCAAACCCACUACCAAUUUACCUUAAUUUCAAAUGAAUUGAGUCCCCUCAUACAGACUUUGUUUCACAGAAAUCUGAUGUAAGUAAUCACUCCCAGAUGACAGCUCUUUUCAUAAUAAUGCAGUUAAAGCAAAACAAAAGCUCCAACAUGGCCAAUGUACUCCAGGUAAAAUUUCCACAGCUGGUCUUGGAGCCUGGUGAAGCUGCUCUUGUAUAACCCUGACUUUCUCAUCAAGAGAUUCAUAGACAAGGCAGUGAUGUAGCAUGGCUGAGCCCAGAAAUCCGUUCUGCUUUCAGAAAGAAAUCUGUCUUUUGCAUCUAGUUCACACAAGGAGCAGGAGAAUCCUUUUCAGCUUCCUAUGCAGUGCUAGAGGAACGAUACCUCUGAAAUACGUGUGGUUGUAUGGCACAGUUGUCUUGUUCAAAAAUCACAGUCAAAUAAUACAAAGUUCAUGUAUUUACAUUCCUCAGAAUAUGAAUUGGGACACUCAGCUGUGCUGCUCUGUUUGUGACAGUGUCAGUCUCCAGCAGUGCAUGUGUGGAUUGGUGCUUAGUUUCCUUCAUUUAAUGACUAUGCAUAUUUUCUUCUUGUUCCUUAACCUCUAGCAGGAGCAAAUGUUUUGCAGCUAACAUUAAAACAAGUCGGCUGUCCUCACUAUUUGGUGUUCGUGCAUUAAGCAUGACAGUGCUUUGACUGAGAAUAAUACUGAGAUAGUAGACUAGAGCAACGGAAGCACAUUUAUCUGUAACAUAAUUAGUCUCGUUUGUAAAUAUCCUUGGAAGUGAUACCAUGACUGUAUUAAAGAAAUGUUUAGUUUUUUAUUGCUGCGCGUUGAACACUGAAAUGACUUUGUGGUGGCUGCAAAGAAAAGGCAGAUCGUGGCAGCAUCUCCUACAACAAAGUCAAACCUUGCUGCCCAAUUUGUGUGCAGUCUGAGGCAGAAUCUACCUGAGACAGCACUGAUGUUCUCCUUCCCAGUGUUUGUGGGGCGUGGGGGGCGCAGUGUUUAUUUCUGAUGUGAACAGAAGGUGGUGACAGGGAAAGCACAUGAAGCAGAAGCUUCAAGACUUCACUUGGGCUGUCCUGACCACUUCUCUCAGUGAAUAAAUAUCCCCACUCAGAAACUCACCUGAUGACAGAGCUUUCCAGAGCUGCACGUAAGAACUCUGAUAUUAGAUUAAUGCCCUGCUCUGCUGAAGUGUUGGUUGGCUGACUGCAAGGUUCACUGUGCUGCCGUUAGAUGAAAACCUGGUUUUACUUCAAGCAGUUCUCCUGAAUUUCCCUGGAGUUUUAAUGCUUUAGACAUGUAGAAGCUAGUACACCUAGCACUAAUGUUCCAGCAUUAAUGUUUAUUUUCCUUGUCUUUCAAGGCAGUAGAUACUCACUAUACCAUUGCCAGUUUAUUUAACCUGAUUUAUGACUGCUGGGAGAACGGAAUUUUAAAGCCAACGAUGUCAGCUUUGUCUGCAUGCCAGUGGAGAUCCUUUAGCACAAAGCUUUCACUUCUCACCCUGACCCAUUCACAACAGGUAAAGAGGUAUUGUGAUUUAUUUUUUAAACAGUCAUUGGUCCCUGAAUGUGUUUUUAACUAGUGUAGAUUGAGUAGUGUAGCCUCAGACCAGUAGCAUUUAACCUCAGAUGUUGAUCUUACUGGGUUUUUCUGCCCAGCUGUCAGCUGAAACUUCAAGAAACCUUUUGUCUGUCUUGGACACGUGGCUUGCAGGCCUAGAAAUGGGAGGUUUAGUCCCGUUCCUGGUAAAGUACUGUAGCAGCCUGCAGAGCUGCACCCUAGUGCAUCAUCCCUUGUGUUUUCCCUUAUCAAAGCCUUUGCUUUCACCCCACGUACAGAGAAGGGCAGCGGAUGAAGGAGGUACAAACACCUACUGCUGGGUCCUUGCACUGUUUUUGCUAUGAACAGAGCUGCCUUCCCAAACUGGUACCUGGCAGAGCAGUUCUGCAUUAAGGCCCAGUCUGGUCUGAGAAACCACGAUGUGCUUCUCAUUGCAAUUAGGAGAGUUCAUUGCUCUUAUCCUGGAGAGAAGAAAUCCAGGCUGUUGAGGAGAUGGACAGAACAGCUUUGGACUGGUUUUGGACAGUUGUUUUGCCUUGAUGUUAAAUGCCAUUGUUUGAAGUAAGGUGAGAGUUUGGGGUGAUGAUGACACUUGGUUCUCCAAACUCCAUCUCCUGCUCUGGAAUCAGUGACAGUGCAGCUCAUCACUGCCUUGUUAAUUAAUUUAGCUUUGGGGUGGGGAAGUAAACUAGCGUUUACAGGAGGCUUGUUUUCACAAGUGUAACUUCUCAAAUACAAAGCCCUUCUCUAUUGCUUACCCAGUUUGUAAAACAGUGGGCAGCACUUGAAGCCACAAUUGCUGGCAUCUCAGCAACCACCUCCAAAUAGGAAAUCAGAGAGAACCAGGAGAAGAAUGUCAUCAUUUUUUCUGGCAGCCACGUGGUAAGUGUGCUGACAGCAGCCGUUCAGUGCCCACCACAGUAAGUUUGUUGCUGUGCACUGGUUUAGCAAUGCAGCUGGAAGCAAGGGCAAUAGCAGAAUUAGCCUCAAAGUGCUGGUGGUUGCAGCAGAAGGGAGAUUUAUAAGUUUCUAAACUGGAAGAAAAAGUUGAUGGGAUCUCAGUAAAUAGAGGUGAAAUGCUCCAAGUAGUUAUCAGGACUGCUUUUCUCAACCCCCCUUUUGAAGCUUUCUAUAUCAGGCCCGUAAAUGCACAAGCUACACUUGCAUUUUAAAUGUACACUGACGAGGGAAAGGGUUUAUCCUUUAACAAGAGCUGUGGGAUGCCUGCUAGUUUACUGCUUUGCUGCUACGUGAGAUUAGCAAAGCUGCUUUUCCCAUCUGGGCGGGUAAACAAGGAGGAUGUGAGCUUGGCUCUAUGCACCAAGAUUCCUACUCUGCCUAUUGAAGAUGGAGGAAUCUUGACAAGAGUUCAGCAUUCUCCUGGAAGUCUCAGGCCAGGAUGGCUUUUUACAGUUACAUGGAGGUCAGCACGUCUGCACAGCAGUGUCUGCAGAGCUGCUGUUCUCACUUCUAGUGGAGGAGGGCCUUGUAUCCACACUGUCACUUAAUCUGUGCUAAUCCUUUGCCAGACUCAGUUCUAACUCAUACAAAGCGUGCAUUAAUACUUUACACUGGAGUUGUUUCCAGACCCUUGCUGACAGUAGGAAUAUUCUUUUUCCAUAGCUGUAUUUUAUUACUGCUGAUUCAGUUUUCACUUGUCUUUAUUUGAGAUACCCAGAACUCCUGCUGCUCUGUCACCUGCGUAAGGACCUCAGCAGUGUCACAACUGCCUCUACAUGACUAGCCAGAGCAGUUUCUAUUGCUGCAACACAGCAGGUACACAGGGCUCCAUACUAACAUUAACUGCAUUGCUAUCCAAGCUGUGUGCAUUACAGAGCAGCAAAGGGAGUUUGCAAAUUUCCUGCACUGUCUUAGGCUUCAGCUAAAUCAUUCCAAGUGUGUGCAUCUCAUCUGGAGUACCUCCAUCACAGAAGGACUCUUGCACUGCUGAGAGCCUACAGCCAGAGUUCCAGGGCCACACCAAUCCUGUAGCACUCUUAUUUAACACUAAGCAUAAUAAGCCAACCCCCAAAGGGGAAAACCCAAGAGCCACCCAAACAGAACAGUUCACAUAAGAUUUAAUUUAAUUGCUCUGCUAAUUUAAUGGAUCUCUUCAUGCUGCUUCAAAUUCUGUUCUGCAGUGUAAGUGUUGUAGCUGGCAGACUGCACGGUCCAAGCUGAAUGAAAAGCAUAGAUGAGUUCUCAUCUUCAGUUUCUGGAUUUUUCUUUGGAGAUUCAGUUCACGAGAGGGUCUGACAAAGCUGCUGUGAAUGUUGAUGCUAUGUAUAUGGCACAUUUUGUAAACGUGAAGCAAACUGGGAUGAAUGUUUUAUAUACUGCAUUGUAAUCCUGCUCCUUUUUUUAAAUUCUAAAUAAAUAAAUAAAGUACUUGUUUGUAACGU